AUGCCGGCCGUCGCGAUGUUUGCCCCGACCAUAGAGCAACUCAUGACUGAUCUCAAGGCUCGUGGCCCCGAAUCAGAGCUGAACAACGUGCUGAUAUGGAUCAUGGAAGAAUCCAUCCUGAAAAACACGCCGCUCACGGAGAUCGUCCGGCGCGUGUCCAUGCUCACCGUCGUCGCGAUGAACACAGCCUCGCAGACCAUUACGCACCCGCUCUUCCGCCCUGUGGCGAACUUCGCCCUGAUCGCACCUCUUUGUGCCAGGUGUAUGCAAUAA